UUCAUAAUAGAUAUGGAGGAAGAUGAUGAUUACGUGGAGUAUGUGCCUGUGGCCAAGCGUAGGGCCAUGGAGGCUCAGAAGAUUCUUCAGCGAAAAGGAAAAUCCUCCGCCACAGUUGAUGAUGAUUUAGAGAAAUCAAGAGUAGCUGAAGCUAAACCAAGUCUUUUGGUUAAGGUGUCACAGUUGAAACGGGAUCAACCUGAGAUUAGUCCAACAGAGCAGCUUGUCCAACAAGAAAAAGAAAUGAUCGAGAACUUGUCAGAUCGAAAAACUCUGAUGUCUGUUCGGGAAUUGGCGAAGGGAAUCACCUAUACAGAUCCUUUGCCUACUGGAUGGAAACCACCUUUGCCAAUCAGAAGAAUGUCUAAAAAUGCAUGCGAUUUGAUUCGGAAGCAGUGGCAUAUAAUAGUCGAUGGUGAAGACAUCCCACCCCCAAUUAAGAAUUUCAAGGAUAUGAGGUUUCCUGAGCCUAUUUUGAAGAAGUUGAAAGCAAAAGGUAUUGUACAACCAACGCCUAUCCAAGUACAAGGCCUUCCUGUGAUCUUAUCCGGGAGGGAUAUGAUUGGAAUUGCAUUCACAGGAUCAGGGAAAACUCUAGUCUUUGUGUUGCCAAUGAUUAUGGUGGCACUGCAAGAGGAAAUUAUGAUGCCUAUUGUUCCAGGAGAAGGUCCGUUUGGUCUGAUUAUUUGCCCAUCAAGGGAACUAGCUAGACAGACUUAUGAAGUAGUUGAACAGUUCUUGAUACCUCUGAGAGAAGCUGGAUAUCCUGAGCUUAGGCCAUUGCUUUGUAUUGGUGGGGUAGAUAUGAGGUCACAGCUAGAAGUUGUGAAGAAGGGUGUCCACAUUGUUGUUGCCACCCCUGGGAGGUUAAAGGAUAUGUUAGCAAAGAAAAAAAUGAAUCUUGAUAAUUGCAGGUAUUUAACAUUAGAUGAGGCUGAUAGAUUGGUAGAUUUGGGAUUUGAAGAUGACAUUAGAGAAGUGUUUGAUCACUUCAAAGCUCAAAGGCAGACGCUCUUAUUUUCUGCCACUAUGCCGACCAAAAUUCAGAAUUUUGCUAGAAGUGCUCUAGUGAAACCAGUCAUUGUCAAUGUGGGGCGAGCAGGGGCAGCAAAUCUUGACGUAAUCCAGGAGGUAGAGUAUGUUAAGCAAGAGGCAAAAAUAGUGUAUCUCCUUGAGUGCCUGCAAAAAACCCCACCUCCAGUUUUAAUAUUCUGUGAGAAUAAGGCUGAUGUGGAUGACAUUCAUGAAUAUCUUCUCUUGAAAGGAGUGGAAGCAGUGGCUAUUCAUGGAGGCAAAGAUCAGGAAGAGAGAGAGUAUGCAAUUGCAGCCUUUAAGUCUGGAAAGAAAGAUGUGUUGGUUGCAACUGAUGUUGCAUCCAAAGGAUUGGAUUUUCCUGAUAUUCAGCAUGUUAUUAACUAUGACAUGCCUGCUGAAAUUGAAAACUAUGUUCAUAGGAUUGGACGAACUGGACGAUGUGGCAAGACUGGCAUAGCAACAACGUUCAUUAACAAGAAUCAAACUGAGACAACCUUGCUUGACUUGAAACAUCUGCUGCAAGAAGCUAAACAGCGCAUUCCCCCAGUUUUAGCAGAGCUAAAUGAUCCAAUGGAAUAUAACGAGGAAAUCACAGAUAAAAGUGGGGUCAAGGGCUGUGCGUAUUGUGGUGGGCUUGGUCAUCGCAUUCGGGACUGCCCCAAAUUGGAACAUCAGAAGAGCAUGGCAAUUGCAAAUAACAGAAGGGAUUAUUUUGGUUCUGGUGGAUACAGAGGAGAAAUAUGAAAAGCACCGCUUCAUUGUGUAUCAGUUUAUGUAUUGGAACUGCGACAUGAUUUUUGUCGGAUGAAAUUUUAUCAACUGUAUUUCAUAUCUUAAAUGUCCAAUGUUGUGCUUCAUUCAUCUGGAUUGAUUAUCAUAUGUUCAUGCGGUCUCGAAAGAUUCUCCCUA